AUGCGCCUCUAUCUCACUACGACCUUGGGUCUCUUCUCGGCCUUGCUGGGUGUCAAAGCGCAAGCUGACCCCUUGGUCGAUGCCUACCUUGCAAAGCAAGUGCCCAUUUCCAGGACUGGUGUCAGUGCCAACGUCGGUCCUGACGGCGCCAGGUCCUCGGGGGCAGCGGCUGGACUUGUGAUUGCUAGUCCCAGUACUGAAGACCCUGACUAUGUGUAUACCUGGACUCGAGACUCUGCGCUCGUUUUCAAGGGCAUCACGGAACGGUACAUUCGAGGCGAGGAUGAUUCCCUCCGUGGCAGAAUCGACGACUUUGUCGCUGCUCAAGCAACGUUGCAAGGCGUGACCAGUCCGAGUGGAGGUCCUAACACUGGCGGUCUAGGAGAGCCCAAGUUUAACAUCGAUUUCACCGCUUUCACUGGCGGGUGGGGACGACCUCAACAUGAUGGUCCCGCUCUCCGCGCCAUCGCCCUGAUCAACUACGCUAACCACUUGGUUGACACCGACAAUUCGACUUGGGCUACCGAGCGCGUCUGGCCUGUGAUCAAGAAGGACCUUGACUACACCGCCAAAAACUGGAACUACACUGGUUUCGACCUUUGGGAAGAGGUCGCUACAAGCUCGUUCUUCACUAGCGCCGUUCAGCUCCGCGCUCUCAAGGAAGGUGUUACCCUGGCUGAUCGCCUCCAGCAAAACUCGGCUCCUUAUGUCGAGCAAGUCGAGCGUGUUCACUGCUUCCUGCAGUCCUACUGGAACCCAGAGCAAGGCUUCAUCACUGCCAAUGUGGGAUAUCGCACUGGAAAAGACGCCAAUACCAUUCUCGCUUCGAUCCAUACAUUUGACCCCGAGGCUGGUUGCGAUGCGACCACCUUCCAACCUUGCUCCGACAAGGCUCUCUCCAACUUGAAGGUUGUCGUCGACUCCUUCCGCACAGAGUACAGCAUCAACCAUGAUAUCCCGGCCGACCAGGGCGUUGCUGUCGGUCGUUACACCGAAGAUGUCUACUUUGGUGGGCAGCCUUGGUAUCUGACUACGUCUGCCACAGCUGAACAGCUCUAUGAUGCUCUUAUCGUCUGGGAUCGCCAAGAAAGCCUCGAAGUCACCCCCAUCUCCCAGGCCUUUUUCAGCGCGUUCGACAGUACCAUCCAGCCUGGCACCUAUGCUAAAGGCUCUGACACCUACGUGACUCUUACCAACGCUGUCAGGCGAUUUGCGGACGGAUUCCUUGCCACGAAUGCCAAAUACACACCCGAGGAUGGAUCCCUGUCUGAACAGUACGACCGUGACGAUGGGCGUCCUUUGAGCGCCACGCACCUCACAUGGAGCUAUGCCUCUUUGUUGUCAGCCUCCGCUGCUCGAUCCGGAGAGAUGCCCACAAGGUCAUGGGGUGCCAAGGCUCUAGUGGUCCCUGGCCAAUGCGUUGGCAACAUCGGUCCCACUUCCCUUGUCACCUUCAAAGUCUAUGCUGAAACUACCCCCGGUGAGAACAUCUUUAUUGCUGGAAACAUUGGCGCUCUGAGCGGCUGGUCCUCCGACAACGCUGCUGCUCUUUCUCCCUUUGAAUAUCCCAUCUGGAAUGUGACUCUCCCGAUCCCUGUUGACACCUACUUCGAGUACAAGUACCUCCGCAAGGAUGGGGACAGUGUCGUUUGGGAAGCCGAUCCCGCUCGUCGCAACAAUUCUAUUUCACCUGACGGCGAGUCCAAGACCAUUAACGACGUUUGGAGGGGACUGUAG